AAGCCAUUUAUAAAUGACCCACAGAUCCACAGACAUUAUUUUGAAAUGAGACAUCUGCAAAAAUUGUAUUUACAGUAAGCCUAGAUCCACUCGGAUGCAACAAAAUGAAUAUGAUCGCAUACAGUUAAGUCACCUGCACCUGUGCUUUAGUGUUAGUCGUAAUGAACACACCGGCGAUAAUUGCAGUGAUUUUACUCGUCGGCGUCGCAGUCGCAAAAAACUGUGACCAGUUGGGCACGUUGAUAUACGAAGACAUGGGCUGCAAACCCAUUUAUGACAGCCCCAAGUCUUGCCCGGUCUCAUACGAAUGCAAAGGUAUAAGGAGGUCCACCAAACACUGUUAUUUCAAACAAAAAAUGUACAGGAUUGACGAACAGGUUGAUUCGCAUUUAACCGCGAUAGGAUGUGAUUUGGGAUGCUAUUGUGAACGAGCUAACAACACCAUGAGAUUUUCGUGCGCUUCUGUCGAAUGUUCCGAGUGGACCCGGAAGCCCACAAACUCUGGCUGUUACAGAAAAUACUCCCUGGACUCGUGCUGCAGCAUUCGCGAAUCCUGUCCUCCCUACGAUAACAGCACUUCGUGCGUGUACGACGGUAGACAGUACAAGGAGGGCGCGAACAUCCUGCCAAGGGAUUCUUGCUGGCGGUGUGUUUGUCAGGACAACUGGAAUGGAAAGAUCGAACCUCCCUUGUGCAAGAGAAGGACUUGCAACGUACAGAUCAAACACCAAGACAAAAUUCAACAAGCUUGCGCUCCUAUUUAUUACAAAAGGGCAUACAGAGAUGACGACCCAUUUUGCUGUCCCAAUAACUGGAUUUGCUCUAAUAAUAAGGAAGUGGUUAAGGGAAAGCCAACAUCAGAUAAAACAUGUCAGUUCGGUAACAAAAAAUUAAAAAUCGGUCAAAGUUUUAUAAAAGAUGUCAGCGAUAUAAUGUUAGUAAAACAGAUACAAUGCGAAUGUAAGAUUCCUCCUUUACUAACUUGUACAGCGGAAAUUGUUUAAGUAUUGGUACAUCAUAUAUUUAUUAUCUAAGAUCAAUGUAAU